AUGGCACCUCAAACAUCAACCACCGCCAAGAUGCUCACUCUCCUUACCCUUCUCGUAACAUCACCCCUCGCUCUCGCCCUCCAAGUAACACCAAACUCGCCAUGUUCAUCGGUGUGUAUGGACCAGCCCGACCUCGACCAGUCGGACCCCACCGCCUCAAACACAAAGAACUCGGACAUCGUCUGCCAGGAUGGUGCCCUCGCCAAAAGCGCCACAGGCACCAAGUGGCAGACGUGUAUGACGUGCCUCCAGACAAGCACCUUCUCCAAGGGCGGCGAGACGGACCAGGGCUGGUUUCUCUACAACAUGAGAUAUAGCGUUGCCUAUUGCAUCUUUGGAUACCCCAACGCAACCGGCCUGGGAUCAACUCCAUGCAGCACCUCGACGGCCUGCGGCCCUUUGCAAGACAGCAUGCAAUACGGUCUCGUCAAGCCAAACAACCUGGAUUCGUUUUCGUACUGCUCUGCUGGCGACGGCGAAGCCAAGGUCACGGGCAAUUUUGAAAAGUGCGGGGCCUGUGUUACUGCCGACGGCAGCACCGACUACCUGGCCAACUAUGUUGUAGCUCUAGAAGCUGGCUGCCAGCAGCAGCCUGCCCCCGGCAAACUUCUCGGCCUGAGCGGCACUGUCUUCACCCACGACCUCAUCACCGUCGUUGAUCCCUUGACUCUCAAAUCUGCGGACAGCGGCUCGGGCCUGUCGACCACCGUCAUUGUCGGCCUCGUCGUUGCCGGCGUGGCUCUUGUUCUGAUCAUGGCGGGGUGCGUUUUUAUUUGCUGCCGCAGGCGGAAGAACAAACGUGCCCGUAUGAGUUCCGAAGCCGACUUUUACAACCGCUUCCGCCACCGGUCUUCUUUGUCCUUCAAGUGCCAAACACAUAUGGCCUCGCCCAUCACCGAGGAAAUGCCUCACAGCGACAUGAUAGAUGCUGACAUCACUCACGCCCCCGCCUACCCGCAACAAGAGUCUACCUUCCAGUUCAGCCACAACGAGAAGGCGGGCUUUGCCAAGCAGGGUGGAAUCGCGACGGUCGCGCUGCCUCAGAUCACUACCGACCUCCCCUCGCUACCACCGCAUGCUUACACGUCCCCCAAGGCCGUGUAUUACAGCCCAUCUGACAUCAAGUCGCCAAUGUCGGCCCUGUCGGCACGGAGUACAACCGGCCUGCUGCCCGCCGUCCAGCCCUACGUCCCCGCAGAACACGGAAUGCUCGCCACCCCUCAGACGGGCAACACCUUCACAACCCCAGCGGGCAGCGCCUUCACCAGCCCCGUUUCCGCCAGCCCCGUUUCCGCCAGCCCCUCCAGUCCUUUGGUAAACAGCUACACGCGGCACGAGCCGAGGCGACAGCCGUCCAUCAAGCUGAACCUGGACAUGAACAUGCUGCCGCCGCCCGUGUCGUACAAGACCUCGCGGUACAGCUUCAUCACGCGGAAGUCGCCUAGAACCCCGACGAGCCCUGCAGAGACCUGGGAAAUCCAGACCACCUUUGCCGCGCCUCCCAAGAGGUGA